AUGGCGGCGCACGUAGUCCGACAGUCUGCAUUGUUUUGUUUCAGACCAACAGAACAUGGCUUUUCCAAUCAAAUAGUUAAACACUUAACCAGUAGUUUUAAGAUAUGCGCGGUUUAUGGAGCCAAAGGGUCGGAUCCAUCUCAGGAGAACCCAGUGCACGUCCCAGUCGAGCGACUAACAGUGUCCUACAGUAGAAGUAGUGGAGCUGGUGGUCAACAUGUCAAUAAAGUAAACACAAAAGCUGAAGUCCGAUUCCAUGUACGAACAGCAGACUGGAUCCCAGAAGAUGUCAGACAGAAAAUCCUGGAAAAGAACAAAAACCGAAUCAACAAAUCCGGUGAGCUCCUGGUGACGUCAGAGGUGAGCAGGAGCCAGCACCGGAACCUGGGAGAGUGCGUUCAGAAGAUCUCUGACAUCAUCGCUGACGCCACAGAGAAACCGUAUCAUCCAGACCCCGAAGACGUCGCACUCAGAGCGGCAAGGUUGGAGAAGAGGGAUAAAGAACGGCUGCGGCAAAAGAAAAUAGCAUCAAACAUAAAACAGAACAGACGAGUGGGUUUUGACUGA